AUGAUCAAGGAUGAAGUAAGUGACACAAGAAGAAAUGAAGUUAAUCUCCUCUAUAAUGUCAUUUCAGAAACCAAUAUAGCACUUAAGGGCCAUGCCACACAAUCUUCAGAUUACCAAGGGACACCUGUUGGGCCCCCGGAAAAUGCAAUUGAUGGCAACAGGAACAGUCACUACUACAACUCACUAUCUUGUACUCACACCAACUGGCAGUCCAGUCCAUGGUGGAGUCUUGAUUUGCUACAAUCUUACCUGAUAUCAUCCGUCAUCGUUACAGGAAGAGGCGAUUGCUGUGCAAGUCGACUUGAAGGAGCAGAAAUUCAUGUUGGCAACUCAGCAGCAAAUAAUGGAAUAAAUAAUCCACUGUGUGCAACAAUAACUGGAAUAAAAUCUGCAUAUCCACGGACAUUCCAGUGCAAUGGGAUGGAAGGCAGAUAUAUUACAAUUGCCAUCCCUGCUAGGACUGAAUUUCUGACCCUCUGUGAAGUUGAGGUCUUUGGUGUCCCAGCGAUUAAGAAUGAUAUACCUGGUAAAUAUGUUUGGUAUGACUUUCAGCUAUAUUAAAUUCAGGAACAAGCAAGAAACUCA